AUGAAUCCCGAUGACUCCACUAGUGGGUUCCGGCAUGCCAAGGUGUUAACGUUCGUCAACGAGCAAAUGGCCAAGCACUCAAAAGGGCCCAAGUUCUACCUUGAGAACCUGUCCCUGUCCUGGGAGGAGGUGGAAGAAAAGCUCAGAGUCCUCCUAGACAGUAGCGAGGUGCCUCGGGAAGUUCAGGAAGCCUGUGCCUGGAGCAGCCUGGCCUUGGGUGUUCGCUUCGCUUUCAGACAAGGCCAGUUGCAGGAGCGCAGGGUGCAGUGGCUCCAUGACUUUGCCAGCCUGCACAGGUCAGCGGCACAUGCCUUGGCAUCAGACCUGAAGAUGCUCACAGACCAGCAAGAGAUGGAACGCAAGGAGGCGGCCUACCACCUUCAGUUGGCCCACACCAAACUCGCAGAGGUUCAGAGGGAGAGAGACCUGAUGAGACUGAAACUACUGCACGCAAGAUUUGCCACCCGUAUGAAAGUUCUGAGAGACUACAGAGGAUGCCAGCACCAGGUUCAAGCAAGGAUUUCUACAAUUAUACAGCCUCUUAACAGAAAUCUUCCCUAG